CAACAGUGACGUCAGCGCGCCGCUGCGGUGCAGUGACGCGCGGCGAUUGGGUGAGCGCGGAGCUAAAGUGUGCAGUAGAGUAAAAAGACAAGAGGCGGACAACAACAGCUGCGACCGUAUGAAGCAAACUAAAGACACACUCGCACUUUUGAGGCUCACACGAUAAAGAUUCGGAUGUCAGGAUGGCUGCAAACUUCAAAAUUUCAGACAGUGAUUCAGAGGCAUCAGAGGAGGUAGGGGAAGAAGAAAACCAACAGUCAGCAGGACAAGCUCAAGAAAGCAAGCCCCAGACGCUUUCCCUUCCUGUAAUCAAAACGACAGCUGCUGGAAGGCUCAGGGUGAACUCAGAGUCCCACACUUCCUCAAUUGCCAGGGAUGAGGAGCUCAUGGCUAGAGGGGAGGAUGAGGUCUGUACUCCCACAGAGGGAGACCCAUUCAGGCGAAGGUCAAAGUCAGCUCCCCCUGCUCUGUGGGCUGCCAAGAAGUACGGCAGGCAGCUUCGACGAAUGAGUGACGAGUUUGACAGCUUACUAGAUAAAGGGGAGAUGAAGGUCAAGAAGCUGCACCACUCUAAAACCUGGUGGAGCUAUCUCUUUAGUCACCAAGAGACUGAAGGAGAGAACAACCAUCUUGAAAACCACAACCAACGCACUGAGUAAGCACUGAGAGGACAAGGAUACAAGGUCCGGAGGAGCGGAUUGGGGAAACUGUAGCCGAGAGACAAUAUUUAAGAUCAGAACAAGACUGAAGAGGAUUUGGCUCGAUCAAAAAGAGUGGGACGUGCAGUAAAAAGCAAAAAAGUACAUGUUCAGUGAAUCCCAUCAUAGUCAUGCCAUUUUAUGUCAUUGUUAACUACCUUUAAAUAGAACUUUUGUACUCGUGUUGAGUGUGGUGUAAACAAUGUUAUUGGGAAGUCCACUGUGGAAUUGAAAGGCAGUGAUGAGGAGGAACUGCUGCCGAAAUCCUGCAAAACGGAUAAAAAGAUGGGCCGAGAGAGGGGCUAUAAUCUCUUCUAAACACACAAACAAAGCCUUGUUUAGUCGUAGAAGAGACGCUCGGUUUAAAGACGCUUAGCAUUACAGUUGUCUCUCACAUUGACAUUGCACGGUGUGCUGUGUAUUGCACGGUGUGCUGUGUAUGGAGAGAGGAAUAAUACCUGACUACUGAAGGCCAAAUUGAAUGCUGUUAGAUUUUUUUUCCUUCCUGCUUUCCUCAUUUUCAUGAGGAAAUCUCCAGAAGCUGUUCGUGUUUGACUUGCACGCUCAUUUUGUGCCAAAAUGAUCUGCCGGCAACAGGAGACAGUACUUUUUUCUUUUUUUUUGGCAUUCGGUUUAGGCCUCUUCUUAAACAACUGUACUCAACUAUCAUCUGCUUUAUAUCACAAAUUUAUCCCAAAAAAAAAAAAAGGAAAAAUCUUUUACAAGGACAAUCUCUGAUGCAGAAGUAAUAUCUUUUUUUGUAAAACUUCAGGGAUAAUAGCUGAGGGCGUUAAACAGUAAGGCACAAUCCAAUAUGAAUAUGUGUUUAAAGCCUUGGACGAGCAUAAACAAACAAUUGAAAUUUUUAUGUGUAAAUAUUUUAACAUUUUAUGAAAUGGUAAAGGGUGGGGAGGGGGUGGGGGUGAGUAAGAUGGUUUAGCCAGAUUUUAUUAACGAGGUUACCGUGCUGUUAAGCUCUGCUAACCCAGCAAUAGGCAGUGUACAAUCCAUGGCUGUUGUGAUAAAUGUUGCGUGCUGAGCUCUCGGUGCAUGGGUGAAUACAGAGUCCAGUCACAUUAAAAAUGAGGGAUUUCCACUUGCUUUUUGCUUGAAGGAUUUUCAGGAGAAAUCACAUCCUGACGUUUUUGUUUGUUUAUUUUGUUUUUAAUCAGUUUAAAUGUGAGUUGAUCACUUUGACCUGUAAGGGGAUGUGAUUAAAAUGGGCUCAUAAACUCUCAUGCCUUAGCUUUAGAAGUGCUGAUCUGAUGCCAGCUUUGCUGGUGUUCUUUAGGCACGUAAGGCGCAUAAUAUAUAUGCUUUAUGGAAAUUCUAACUAAGGGCAAAGAUCAGCAUUUCUGUGCAGCUCGGUAAACAUGAGUGGGCUACUUGUGGCUUGUUUAUAAAUACGUGAUUGCUGAAAAUGGUAGUGGGUUUGUUCAAGUUGUCUUAUUCUUCCUUCCUCUCGACUUGUAGCGUUGAGUUGUGAAGUGCUCGGGUGUGCAGGCAUUUAUAUGGUUUUCAAAUUC